AAAAAGCAGCAGGUGAGUUCAUCGGUCUUCAAGCACAAUGGAAAGAGUCAGAGAAAGAGUAAGACGAGGAGGAGAACGAGGAGAACGAGGAGGAGGACAAGGAGGAAGAGGAAGGGGAGGAAGAGGAAUCAACAGAGGAGGAAUCAACAGAGGAAGAGAUGGAGGCCAUGCUGGAGGUAGAGGUAGAGGUAGAGGUAGAGGUAGAGGAAGAGGAAGAGGAAGACAAGAAGGUGCUCAAAGAGGACCGAAUCUGACAAAUGAGAUCUGCACAACACUGGUUGACCACGUUGUCAACCACGGCCUGACGCUGAGGGAGGCUGGACUGCGAGUACAGCCAAAUCUAAGCCGAUACACAGUGGGAAGUGUGAUAAGAACAUUUCGACUGGAAAAUAGGAUUGAGGGUCAGGAACGACAAGGGGGAAGGCCUCCUAUGUUCACAGAACAGCAAGAGAGGGAGAUAGUAAACAUGGUUUUGGCCAACAAUGCUAUAACACUCAAUCAGCUCCAAACUAACAUUGUCAAUAACCACGCCAGUUUCAACGAUAUCCAUCAGGUCUCAACAUCAACACUGGCACGCAUCCUAAAAAAAAAACAUAUUCAAAUGAAGCAAAUUUAUCGAGUGCCUUUCGAGCGCAAUUCCAAAAGGGUGAAGCGACUGCGGCAUGAUUAUGCAGAGAGAGUUUUAUGAAUGGAUGGAGAGGAGAUCCAGCAUGAGUUCAUUUACGUAGAUGAGGCUGGGUUCAACCUGACGAGAACACGAAGGAGGGGAAGAAACAUCAUUGGCCACAGGGCUAUAGUCAAUGUCCCAGGGCAACGUGGGGGUAAUAUAACACUCUGUGCAGCCAUUACACAGAAUGGAGUCCUCCACCGCCAUGCCCAUAUGGGCCCUUACAACACAGCACUCAUACUUACAUUCUUGGACCAAUUGCACAACAUAACAGCAGUAAAUCAAAUCGAUCAUAUGCAAUACAUUGUUGUCUGGGACAAUGUGUCUUUCCAGCGCUCUGCUCUGGUUCAGAACUGGUUUCAGCAACAUCCACAUUUCACCGUCCUAUAUCUUCCACCAUACUCUCCAUUCCUCAACCCUAUAGAAGAGUUUUUCUCGGCAUGGCGGUGGAAGGUAUAUGAUCUCCGUCUCCAGGCUGAGGUACCCCUCAUCCAAGCCAUGGAGGAGGCCUGUGACCAGA